AUGCCGGCGAUGAAGGGACUGCUCGCGCCUCAGAACACAUUCCUGGACACCAUAGCGACGCGCUUUGACGGCACACAUAGCAAUUUCAUCCUGGCUAACGCACAAGUAGCAAAGGGGUUUCCCAUAGUUUACUGUUCAGAUGGCUUCUGCGAGCUCACGGGUUUCGCACGCACUGAGGUCAUGCAGCAAAACUGUGCAUGCAGGUUUCUUUAUGGGCCUGAGAGCAGUGAACACGCCAUACUGCGUGUGGAUUCUGCUCUUGAAGAGCGCAGUGAGCUUAAAGAGGAGAUCAUGUUCUACAAGAAGAAAGGUUGUGUGUUCUGGUGCCUUCUGGACAUUGUGCCUAUAAAGAAUGAGAAAGGCGAUGUUGUUCUCUUCCUUGCUUCAUUCAAAGACAUCACAGACACCAAGGCAAAAGUUGAAAAGAAAGAAGCGUAUCAUCAUGGCCAGAUCAAAAGUGGACCUCCAUUCGGCACAGCUCAGGUUCGCUCUAAUACCGUCCUCUAUCACAUCUCAGGACAUCUCCACAACCGGCAGAAACAAAACAAAAUCAAACUCAACAAGAAUGUUUUCGGUGAUUCGCCAGCUGUGCCGGAAUACAAAGUUGCGGAUGCCAAGAAUUCGAAGUUCAUCCUCCUCCACUUCAGCACAUUCAAGGCUGGCUGGGAUUGGCUAAUCCUGCUGGCUACUUUCUAUGUGGCUGUGACUGUGCCGUACAAUGUAUGUUUUAUUGGUGAUGAAGACUUGACACGCAGCACCACUGUCAGUGACAUUGCUGUGGAGAUCCUCUUUAUCAUUGACAUCGUGCUUAACUUUCGCACUACAUAUGUGAGCACAUCUGGGCAAGUGAUCUUUGAUGCACGGCAGAUCUGCAUCCACUACAUGACCACCUGGUUAAUCAUUGACUUGGUGGCCGCACUGCCCUUUGAUCUACUCUAUGCCUUCAAUGUUAGUGUGGUCUCAGUUGUGCACUUGUUAAAGACAGUACGUUUGCUGCGCCUGCUGCGUCUGUUGCAAAAAAUGGACCGCUACUCUCAGCACAGCACAGUGGUGCUCACCCUGCUCAUGUCCAUGUUUGCCCUGCUGGCCCACUGGAUGGCCUGCAUCUGGUAUAUCAUUGGAAAGAAGGAGAUGGACAGCAAUGUGCACACCACUUGGGAUAUAGGUUGGCUGCAUGAGCUGGGAAAGCGUUUGGAGCUCCCUUAUACCACAGUGAAUGGCUCAGCUAACAGCGGUCCAUCAUUGCGCAGUAUCUACAUCGCUUCACUUUACUUCACUUUCAGCAGUCUGACCAGUGUGGGCUUCGGCAAUGUCUCCGCUAAUACUGAUGCUGAAAAGAUCUUCUCUAUCUGCACUAUGCUUAUUGGAGCACUCAUGCAUGCUCUAGUGUUUGGUAAUGUGACCGCCAUCAUUCAGCGCAUGUACUCACGCUGGUCCUCGUACCAUACACGUACUAAAGACCUGAAGGACUUCAUAAGAGUGCAUCACCUGCCACAGAGCCUCAAGCAGCGUAUGCUAGAGUACUUCCAGACUACCUGGUCUGUCAACAAUGGCAUCGAUUCAAAUGAGCUCCUGAAAGACUUCCCUGAUGAGUUGCGCUCGGACAUUGCAAUGCACCUGAACAAGGAAAUUCUGGAGCGGGCUGUGUUCUCAUCUCUAAGUCAUGGUUGUCUGCGCUCUCUGUCGCUGCACAUAAAGACAACAUUUUGCGCACCUGGAGAAUACCUCUUGCGGCAAGGAGAUGCACUGCAGGCCCUCUUCUUUGUCUGCUCUGGCUCCAUGGAGGUGCUCAAGGAUGGAAUGGUGCUUGCUAUUCUCGGUAAAGGGGACCUGAUUGGGGCCAACUUGUCUGUGGAAAACUGGGUGAUAAAGACAAGUGCAGACGUGAAAGCACUGACAUAUUGUGAUUUGCAGUGCAUUAAUCUGAGGGGACUGUAUGAGGUGCUGGACCUGUAUCCUGAGUACUCCCACCACUUUGUCCAGGAUAUCACACAAGACCUCACCUACAACCUCAGAGAGGGGCAGGAGAGCCAUGUAGAGGUAAAGCUAUAUAUCCACCCCACCGAACCCCACCGAACCCCACCUACUCCAGCUAAAUCAGUGGUUCUCAACCUGGAGAGAUCCGAAGGGGGGCACAAAUUUGAUAGGCUGAGAGCCGGAGCAGUGCAGCCCGUUGCUCGCACGGCAGCUGACAUAGACGUGAAUGUGGAGGGGAGGAGAAGUGGAAGCUUGAGCCAACACAGUGGAACCACAAACUCUUAUCAACAUGAAGAAGAAAUUUGCAUUCAACACAGUGCAGUCACCAAACCUGACCCCUCUAAUCUCAGUCCCAGGAUUGUUGAUGGUACAGAAGCUAGCGAAGGAACAGAGACCGAGAACUCUUUAGCAUUCUCUUUCUUUCCUGGUCAUCAGAACAGUUCAGUCAGCACAACCACCAGCAAAACAGGGUACAAUGAUUACAACUUUAACAACUUUGUAACUGUUUCUCCAAAUCAUAUUUGCUUUUGUCUGUAUUCACUAUUUAUUCCAGGUAUUCUGCAGGUAAGCUCUGGUGAGCUAUCAGCAAAAUCAGAAGAGACCAGAGGACAGUUAGGCCACCUUGACCAAGAGGUAAGCUCCCUUGGACAGGAAGUAGCUGAACUGGGCCGAGUAAUGAGGAGCCUUGCCUUUCUCAUCGAAUCCAUGAUGGCUUUGCCACAAAUGGCCAAUAACUAUAGCCCUCUUUGCACCCAAGGACAUCCCACACAGUCCCUUACUCCUGAAGACCAGGUCAUACCUUGGAUUAACCGGCUUCCUUCCCAACAGGUGCAAACUAUGUUACCUCCUGGAGGACUUCCAACAAUCACAGCACAGGAACUGUAGGUGAUUUGCACCUCAGAUAUUUUAUACCUAGAUACUAUCACCAGUUCUCCAUUUAUACACCUCUCCCCCUCUGUU